AUUUCCAUUCCAUGCCAUGCAUCGAAUUGUCCUAUAUAAACCAAAACGAACUAAACCCCCAUUCGUUUUCAUUCGCGCAAUUCCUCAAACACCUUCAUGCAGCUCCCGUGGCGGGGCUAGCCUCAGCAAUGGCCUCCACCUCCACCUCCACCGCCACCGCCGACCUCCACCCGGACGACGCGGCGGCCAGGGCGGUGCGGAAGCGCUACGAGGGCCUCCUCACAGUCCGCACGCGCGCCAUCAAGGGCAAAGGCGCCUGGUACUGGGCCCACCUGGAGCCCAUUCUCGUGAACAACGCCGUGAAGCUCAAGUGCUCCCUCUGCGACUCUCUCUUCUCCGCCUCCAACCCUUCCCGCACCGCUUCCGAGCACCUCAAGCGCGGCACGUGCCCCAAUUUCAACCACUCCUCGUUGCCUUCGCCUUCUCCCAUUUCCACCGUUCUCUCCCAUUCCAACAACGGUAGAAAGAGAACCUCAACGUCUCCCAAUCAGGACCCUUCCCUUCACCAUUUGGUCUUGUCCGGUGGCAAGGACGAUUUGUGCGCUCUCGCUGUUUUCGAAGACAGUGUCAAGAAGCUCAAGAGUCCUCGUAAUUCCUCAAAUGUUGCUCCUCCUGAGUUGACCAAGGACCAGGUUAACUCCGCCCUUGAGUUGUUAGCAGACUGGUUCUACGAGUCUUGCGGCUCUGUGCCUCUCUCUGCACUCGAACACCCCAAGUUUCAAUCUUUUCUUACCCAGCUGGGUUUGCCCCUCGCUCUGUUGAGGCGCGAGAUAUAUGGUUCUAGGCUCGAUGAUAGGUUCGGAGUGGCCAAGGCUGAGUCCGAAGCUAGAAUCAGAGAUGCCCUUUUUUUCCAAGUAGGCUGUGAUGGUUGGAAGGCUGAGGAUGGUGUGGUGAAGUUCACGGUGAAUCUUCCCAAUGGGUGUAGCGUGUUCCACAAGGUGGUGUUUUCCGGCGGAGGAGUGGUGGUGUCUUCCAAGUAUGCUGAGGAGAUUUUGUGGGAGGUGGUGAGGGGUGUUUGUGGGAGUGAUGUGAAGAGGUGUGUGGGGAUUGUUGGGGACAGGUUUAAGGCCAAGGCGUUGAGGAACUUGGAGGUUCAGAAUCAUUGGAUGGUUAAUGUUGCUUGUCAGCUUCAGGGAUUCAUGGCUUUGAUCAAGGAUUUCAGCAACGAGCUCCCACUUUUCAGGGUUGUUGCUGAGAAUUCUCUCAAGGUUGCUAAUUUUAUCAACACUGAGUCUCAGGUUAGGAGUAGUUUUCUCAGGUACCGGAUGCAGGAGCUGGACUGUGCUGGGCUGGUUCGAGUUCCCUCGCCGAAAUGUCGCGUGUUGAAGGACUUCGCAUCUGUGUUUCCGAUGCUGGAGGACAUCCUGAGCUGUGCUGCGGUGAUCCAAAUGGUGGUGUUGGAAGAUACUUUUAAGGUGGCAUGCAUGGAGGAUCCACUGGCCAGAGAGGUUGCUGGAAUUGUUCAGAGUGAGGGGUUUUGGAAUGAACUGGAGGCGGUUUAUUCGCUGGUGAAACUCAUCAGAGGAGUGGUUCAGGAUAUUGAGUCGGAGAGGCCGUUGAUUGGUCGGUGCCUGCCGCUCUGGGAGGAGGUUAGAACCAAGGUGAAGGAGUGGUGUGCCAAGUACAGUGUUGUGGAAGAACCCGUGGAGAAAAUACUUGAGAAACGGUUCCGAAAGAAUUAUCACCCUGCAUGGUCUGCUGCAUUUAUACUUGAUCCACUUUACUUGGUUAAAGAUGCAAACGGAAAGUACCUUCCUCCAUUCAAGUGCUUAACUCGUGAACAAGAGAAAGAUGUAGAUAAGUUAUUGACUAGACUAGCUUCACGAGAAGAAGCUCAUGUUGUGUUGAUGGAGCUCAUGAAGUGGAGAUCAGAAGGGCUUGACCCCCUUUAUGCUCAGGCUGUGCAGAUGAAACAACGAGACCCGGUUACUGGGAAGAUGAAAGUUGUAAAUCCACUCAGUAGUAGACUUGUUUGGGAAACUUGCCUCAGCGAGUUUAAAUCCCUGGGGAAGCUUGCAGUGAGGCUCAUUUUUCUGCAUGCAACCUCGUGUGGAUUUAAGAGUAAUUGUACUUUCAUCAGGAAGAUUUCUGAACAUAAGCACUCGAGAGUUUCCUUGGAAAGAGCUCAGAAAAUGAUAUAUAUUGCGGCUCAUGCCAAGCUUGAAAGACGAGACUUUUCCAAUGAGGAAGAGAAGGAAGCAGAACUGCUUGCCAUGGUAGGCAGUGAUGAUAGCAUGCUGGCUGAGGUAUUUGCUGAUGCACCCCUAAUAGAGGUGGGAUUGCUUGAAGCAGUAGGGUGGGUGGCAAACCGGACUUGGUCAUGACGUGGGUCAACCUCGGAAGAACUUGAGAAAGAAUCUUUGUUGCCGCAGAAGCACUUCUUAUAGAUAAUCCGGCAUAUCUACUGGAGUGUUGGUUUCUGACAAAUGGUGAGGCGGUGAGGCCCACCAUAGGGGAAGUGGCUGUCCAUGUCACACUCACUGCUAUGGUUGUCAUGGUCAAAGAAAAGUAAGGUUUGCAGAAUGAACCGUUUGGCUUACCAUGAUUGCUAAAAAGUCUUGGGGGAAAGUUGAAACAAGGAGUGUAGGG